UUGCCUCAGAGGUAGGAGGAGAAGACAGCUUCCUUCCUCAGCAGCAUUACAUAAAACUCCGAAAAUCCUGCUGAAAAUAGCCCAUCUGAGUCCGCUUUAACGGAGCUGCAACAAGUUCUCUGACGGACAGUGGAGCGUUUGGUUUUCAUUAGAUUGUCUCGACACUGACCCCCUGCCCCAUCUACAGUAAUGUGAAACCAGCACGCUGGCAGGCGCACUGUGCGGAAGAGAGCCGAGCGGAGCUGAUGCAGUCUGCGCUGCUUCACCCGGUCCGCAGGCUGGACACACAGCACCACAAGCUCCACGACUGAUCGGUGCCAUGGCCAGCAAGUAGUACCCCGCAGGCAUCGAUGCUACACUAGUCUUCUCGGAGGGAUUACUUCUUGUUCCUGGAGGUGUGAUCGCAGCCAUGGUGUGCUGUCAGACUCCCAGAAGUUUACGAAGUGGCGACUGGGGCUUCGCUGCUCUGCUGGCCGCCGCGCUGCUCAGCCUGUUCGUAGGGAUGAACCAGAGCACCGCGUUCCCCUCCUGGAGGUUAGAGGAAGAAGCUCACACCACUGUGUUGCUCAUCGGGAUCCGUAAAGAGGCCCGGUCACAAGUGCUUCACCUCUCCAGGAACAAGCGCUACACCCUCACCCCGGAGCAGCUCAAAUGGGACAAGUUCAAGCUGACAUACAAGUUGCUCUCCUUUCCCACAAACUUGAUAAAUGCCAGCGACACACGGCGAGGCAUUGCCAAGGCUUUUGGCAUGUGGAGCGACGUCUCGCCGUUCAGCUUCAGAGAGGUGCCAGCUGACCAAGACGCAGACAUUAAGAUUGGCUUCUACCCCGCCAACCACACAGACUGUUGGCAGUCCCACUUGCACCAUUGUUUCGACGGCAUUACAGGAGAAUUGGCUCAUGCAUUCUUCCCGCCAACAGGCGAGAUCCACUUUGACGACGACGAGUACUGGAUUCUGGGAAACAUGCGCUUCAGCUGGAAGAAAGGGGUUUGGUUGACGGAUCUUGUUCACGUGGCAGCUCAUGAAAUCGGCCAUGUCUUGGGACUCAUGCACUCCAUGGACCCGAAAGCUAUAAUGCACCUAAACGCAACACUGACAGGGCGCAAGCUGAUCACACAGGAUGAGGUGUGGGGUUUGCACCGUCUGUAUGGAUGUUUGGACCGCUUAUUUAUCUGUCCGGCCUGGGCUCGGAAAGGCUAUUGCGACAGCAAACGCAAGCUGAUGCAGAAGCACUGCCCCUCCAGCUGUGAUUUCUGUUACGAAUUCCCUUUCCCCACUGCAGCUCCCACUCCAGCUCCACCAAGGACCAAACAUAAGCUAGUAGUCGAGGGUAAGAAGCUUACUUUUCGCUGUGGGAAGAAAAUAGCUUCAAAGAAAGGCAAAGUAUACUGGUACAAGGACGGGGAGCUGCUGGAGUUCUCUCACCCGAACUACAUCUCCUUGAAAGACGACCACAUCACUAUAGUGGCCAACGCCAUCAAUGAAGGCACAUACACCUGCAUUGUGAAGAAAAAAGACAAAGUUCUCACUAACUACUCGUGGAGGGUACGUGUGCGCUUCUGAGGGCCACAUUGAACGGGACACAUUCACACAUACGGUCCCCUGGAGACCUCAUUCACUAUGGGCACAUGUUUUGUUUUUUAAAAUGUCUUCCCUGUAUCUUCCACAUACAGUUCUCUAUUGUUGAAUGUCACUGUGCAAAUGCAUUUUCAUAUGUGCAAAAAAAAUAAAUGUUCCAUGACAUGUAGUAUUUUUAUGGAAAAUGACCUGACUGUGAAGAGCUGUUCAUAGUAGAUGCUGCAUUUUAUAUGGUGUUGAAAACUCACACACCGGCUGUUUGGGACGAUACCGUCUACUCUGGGUUCAUCAAGCCUGGACUUUGUCAAAGCUCUUGCUGCUAAGGCAGUGGUGGUGUCCAAGGCCACCCACGGAUCGUCACGGAAUCUCUGAAAAUGAAAACGGGGUCCAAUUAGUUGGACAGUGUUCUUCAACAGAGACUUCACUUUCAGGGUGUAUAAAAUCAACCUCAUGGAAAAAAGCGUCAUUUCAAAAAAAUAUCCGUGUCACCAGCGGGUUUCUUUUUAAUGACCUGAAACUUACAGAAGCUCCUGCUUAGAUGCAUGCCAUUUGAAUAAUUUACACACUGACCGAACUAAGAUGCUAAAGCCAGAAUAAGCAAUGUCGUCUACAGCCUUUGGAGCUAUUUGGACCUUAAACUGCAUAUGGAACACCUCAGACGUCUAGCUUACUUUACUAGCUUCACAGUGAAGCCAGGAGUCUGCCUCCAGAGGCUGAGCAGUCAGUUCCACUAGCAGCUCUCCUUCCAAGCUUAUUCAACACAUCAGGUGUAAUAAUCUGCAGAAGGGGCUCUAGUGGGGGCAGGGGACAGAUAAAACUGAUUAAUGAACAUUUCCAUUUGGUGCUGGCUCGAGAAGCCCCAGGGCAGGAGGAUUUUUCAGCAUCUGUUCCAGUGAAAGUGGAGAGUGGUCUUGCAGGGACCAAAGCUCUACUGUUUAUUUUUCUUUGGCUCAAAAUCAAAGAAUUUAUUGGUUUAAUUCUUAAGUUGCAGAGCCAUUUAAAAACAAAAGCAGAGCAAAGUCGGGGCCUCUUUUCCCCUGAAAGAACAAAGUACUGAGACAAAGUGUGCAGUGCAAAGAAUGACAUCACUUUUGGACACUGACUACCAAGUCGGGUUGAAGGCUGGAUUUCUUUUCAGCUCGACUCCCUUACAUUUUUUUUCUCUUCUGGCAGUGUGCGGUUGUGUUUGCAUAGCUUGGACAGCAUUUAUAAAUAUAGGGAAAAUGGCAGACAAAACAAAGUUUCAAACUUUAUUUCUAGGAAAAACACUGCCUCCCUGUCAUCAAGUGACUUGACAUUCCCUAGUUAGUUUCUAACAUUAUGCUGCAUCAUUAUACAGUAGCUCAGGCAGCCAGGAAAUACCAACCAUUUAUAAAAAAUCUUCUGGUCCUCUCUGGUAAAAUAUGAAAGGGAAAAUCAAACAAAAGUAAAAUAAAAAGCUAAACUUCUAGUAGAUGUAUUGUUGUGUGUCCUCUUCUGGAGCUAAAAUGGUCACAUUUGAAAUAGUGAAAUUGCUGAGAAAUACCUGAAAUUCAACAUGUUUAAGCCAUUAGUCUUGCUGUUAGACAGUCCUGACUAUUUGGUAACAGUUGUAACUGAUCAGAUACUGAUCUGGCCUAUAGUUGUAAACCAGUGACACAGUCCGGCUCCAAACAAGUCCCAGAACUCUGCUCCAUCUUUCUCUGUUAGACAGCCAGAUGUCCUACGGUUUGAGGCUCAGAAUUUCAGGCUGAAUCCUGGGCCGACUGCAGAUGCUCCCUGGUUGCUGGUUGUCAGGUGGAAGCCGGUGUCUUUCAGGUCGUCAUCUCCCUGGAGGGACACAAAGUUAACACAUAGUAAUGCAACACUGCAGUCCAUCACACUUCUGACAUUGUGUGGCUUCAUUUCUUGCAUAUUUAUGACAGAACUGACCAACAUUACACUGGUUACCUUUGGAAAAAUCCCUUACCUGAAUUAAAUAACAUAUUUUGUUGUGUUUCCACCAAAGUAUGCAUGAAGAUGUAAAAUAUUAAAAUUAGAAUUUGUUACUAUUUUUUCUGGUGUUCAGUGGAGAGUGUUUAUGUCCCAUUGUCUGUUUCACAAAUCUUUCCACUACGACAACAAUUAAAGAAAAACAACCACUA